CAGUUCGGAGUAUGUAUGGCGGGGAGGGGGCGGCGGCCGCGCAGGCCGACUCCGCCCCCUGUGCGCAUGCUCCGGCCCCCGCGGGUUAUAAGGCAGCAGCGCCAACCCGGCCAGACAAAGUGGCGAGCUGCGACGUGACUACCCUGCCGCGUGGGUGCUAGGGCGAGAGAACCCGGCGGCGGGAGAGCGACGCGAGCUGGACCCUGGGGCCCGGAGGAACUCCAGCUCGAGCCGCCGCGUCACGCACAGCUCGGCGCCGCGAGCCCGGCACAUAACGAUAUUUGGAUUUGAGCUACAUUUUGGAAUUCAUCUAUACCUAAAAUGCCACCAGCAGUUGGAGGACCAGUUGGAUAUACCCCCCCAGAUGGAGGCUGGGGGUGGGCAGUGGUAAUUGGAGCUUUCAUUUCUAUCGGCUUCUCUUAUGCAUUUCCCAAAUCCAUUACAGUCUUCUUUAAAGAAAUUGAAAGUAUAUUCAAUGCCACCACUAGUGAAGUAUCAUGGAUAUCUUCCAUCAUGUUGGCCGUCAUGUAUGCCGGAGGUCCCAUCAGCAGUAUCCUGGUGAAUAAGUACGGCAGCCGUCCAGUCAUGAUUAUUGGUGGCUGCUUGUCUGGCUGUGGCUUGAUUGCAGCUUCUUUCUGUAACACUGUAUCGGAACUUUACUUGUGUAUUGGCGUCAUUGGAGGUCUUGGGCUUGCUUUCAACUUGAAUCCUGCUUUGACGAUGAUUGGCAAGUAUUUCUACAAGAAGCGACCAUUGGCAAAUGGACUGGCUAUGGCUGGCAGCCCUGUGUUCCUCUCUACUCUGGCCCCCCUCAAUCAGGCUUUCUUUGGUAUCUUUGGCUGGAGAGGAAGCUUCCUAAUUCUUGGGGGCCUCCUAUUAAAUUGCUGUGUAGCUGGAUCCUUGAUGCGACCCAUAGGGCCAAAGCCAACAAAGAAAGAAAAUGUUGGGUCCAAAGAAUCCCUUCAAGAAGCUGGAAAAUCUGAUGCAAAGAAUGUAGGUGAUGCAAAUACAGAUCUUAUUGGAGGAAACCGCAAAAAGGAAAAACGUUCACAUAUUCAAAAAAUUAACCAGUUCCUGGACUUGUCCCUGUUCACACACAGAGGCUUUUUGCUGUAUCUCUCUGGAAAUGUGAUCAUGUUUUUUGGACUCUUUACACCUUUGGUUUUUCUUAGUAAUUAUGGCAAGAGUAAGCAUUAUUCUAAUGAGAAGUCAGCCUUCCUUCUUUCCAUUCUGGCUUUUGUUGACAUGGUAGCAAGACCUUCUAUGGGACUGGUAGCCAACACAAAGUGGAUAAGACCGCGAGUCCAAUAUUUCUUUGCUGCUUCUGUUAUUGCAAAUGGAGCAUGUCAUUUGUUAGCACCUUUAUCCGCCAGCACCUAUGUUGGGUUCUGUAUCUAUGCGGGAUUCUUUGGAUUUGCCUUUGGGUGGCUCAGCUCUGUAUUGUUUGAAACACUGAUGGACCUCGUUGGACCACAGAGGUUCUCCAGCGCUGUGGGAUUGGUGACCAUUGUGGAAUGCUGUCCUGUCCUCCUGGGGCCACCACUGUUAGGUCGUCUCAAUGACUUGUAUGGAGACUACAAAUACACGUACUGGUCAUGUGGUGUGAUCCUAAUUUUUGCUGGUAUCUAUCUCUUCAUUGGCAUGGGAAUCAAUUAUCGACUUUUGGCAAAAGAACAGAAAUCAGAUGAGAAGCAGAAAAAGGAAAGUAAAGAGGAGGAGACCAGAAUGGAUGUUGGUGAUAAUCCAAAAGAAGUUACUAAAGCAGCAGAAUCUCCAAAGCCAAAACACACAGGAGACCCCAAAGAGGAAGAGAGUCCAGUCUGAACCAAAGAGGCUGGAGCGUAAAUGGAGCAGUUGGUGACCCAGGACUUCUGAAAAUACUCUACUGGCCUGUAGUCUAUCAGUGGUGCUCAAUACAGACAGUGAACAUUUGUGUGGAAAACAUACCAGUGUUCAUGAUGGAGUUUUUGUUUCACUCCUUACCAAUAGCCUGAAUUGAAAAUAUCAUAUGCUGUGGGGAGGGAGUGGUUGGCAAAGUGUGUGGAAAGAAGUAGUGUUUUUUUGUCUUGUUUUAUUUUAAUCUUAGCUUUUAAUAGUGUCAAAAAGAUUAUGACAUGUGCCUUAAGUUUUAGUCUUUAGAACUCUUUAGAGAGCCUUAACUUUUUAAACCAUUCUGCUGAAUUCAUCUAUUUUAAGUGUCACAUUAAAAGAAAAUAACAACUAACUUGUUUGAGGCAACUCUGAAACUUAAUUUUGCUUCAUUGUUAUUUGUAAUGUAUUGUCAGACAUUGUUAUUGGAACACUUAUGAACAGAAAUGUUGGUUCGAAGUUGGAGGUUUUAUAAAAUGCUGACUAAAAUAUUUUUCUAGCAUCAGUAGUUGCCUGGCAUAUGUUUGUGCCUGUUAGCUAUAUGUUUAGAAAAUUUAAAGCAUAAAACUUGAGAAACAUCUUGACAGUCCUAGCCACGUAGUAUUUGUCAACAUCUCUCGGGUACCUUUUCCAGGAUUCUUAUUAGAAACUAAGUGGGGUUUUUUUGUUGUUGUUGUUGUUGUUCCUUUUGUUUGUUGGUGUUUUUCACUAAAUUACUGUUCUCCCCUAUUCAAAAACAUUUUGAGUGGUUAUAGAUCAUUGUCUUUUUUGAAGUCACUGGGUAUUAUUUUUCUCACUUUAAAAGUAUUAAAGUCUAGAAAACUUUAUAGUCAUGGCUCCUAAGUAAAUGCAACACAUGUAAUUAAAUAUAGACAGAUAGUUUAAGCAUCAGCUAUAUUCACCUUUGGUUUUUCUAAAACCUCAGUUAUACUAUGAGACUAUUGGAAUCUUUGUGUCUGUUGGCUUUGUUGUGUUGUUGGUUGCUGCUUUCUUGUUUUUGUCUAGGUGGUCCUGGGGAUUGAACCCCAGGGCUUUCAAGAAUGCUAAGCAUAUGCCCUACCACUGAGCUGUCCCCCUACAGUCUCCUGGAAUUUUUCCCCUUUGAUUUUUGGUGAUUUAGUUUAUAUUUGUUUCUAGUUAGGGCUGUGUUAUUCAGUAUAGAUAAAUGUUUGUAUGUCAUGUUUUGUUUUACAUUUUUUUCAGUGUUUGCAAAUUCAAGGGGGCCAGAAAAAUUUGGACCUAGGCAAACCUAUAAAGAUGGGGAGGGAAGUUGUAAAGUAUGCUUAGUUUCAGUAAAUCCUCUUUUUCUGAGUGGGCUUAAGAAGAAAAUUAUGACAUGCUUAGAAUUAAUGGGCACAUUCUUAUAUCCACAUGAAACUCAAGUUUUGUGACCCUUUUUACUUACCUGAAAUGUGGAGAAUGGUUCUGGUAUAAGGGUAGGAGGGGAGGUGGACAGAUUGGAACUAAAUAUUUUUUAUUUUUUAACCUAAUAUCUUCUAAAUUAAGGCAGAAAGACAAAUAUAUUCAGUGAAUUAUUCAAUGCAUUUAAAAUACCACUGUAAUUGAUAAGUGAAAGUAUAGAUUCAAAACCUUGUAUAAGAGACUGGCUUUUGCAAAUAAAACAUUUAUUUUUAGAAAAUA